ACCCAAUCCGCACCCACUCUCUCCAACCACCACCCACACCACACCAAUUACUCCAACCAACCACUUCCAUUUCAAUCGGAAUCGCAAACGACUGGAAUUGUAAUGGCCCAGCCAUUCGCCUCGCGCUCCUACGCGGGUGGAAAACUCCCCGACCGCUCGGUCAACGCGAACGCGCUGCCUUUCAGCGCCUCCUCGUUCUCGCGUCACCGCGGCUUAGGCGCGACGACGGCCACGGCACCAGGUGAUUUUGGCGCGGAGGGAUUGAAAUCGCAGGGUACGGCUGGUGCGGCUCCAUUACAUGCGCAAACACAUGGGCCUGGGGUAGGGACGGGGACGGGAGCAGGGGUAGGGCCGUCGCAGGAGACAAAUCCGUUGAGUCGGUUGACGGAGGAACAGAGGGAGGAGAUUAAUGAGGCUUUCACGCUCUUCGAUCUCGACCGCGACCGCCACCUAGACUACCAUGAACUCCGCGUUGCCUUCCGCGCGCUAGGCUUCACCCUCGCAAAACAAGAACUUAUCUCCCUCUUAACGACCUACGGUGUCCCACGGCCACAAGUCCAGGCACAACAACAAUCCAACGCCCAAACACAACCCCCGCAACCCUCGACAAACAAAGCCACAAACCCGCAACACCCCUCCAACCUCCUCAUGCCACUAACGGCCUUCCAAGCGGUGACUGCAUUAAAGAUAUUAGAGCGCGAUCCGAGAGACGAGAUUCUGCGUGCAUUUGAGCUUUUUGAUGAAGGUGGGAAGGGGUAUAUUGAUUUGGAGGAUUUGAGGCGCGUUGCUAGGGAACUUGGGGAGACGGGGUUGGAGGAGGAUGAGUUGAGGGCUAUGAUUGAGGAGUUUGAUUUGGAGGGAGUUGGGGGUGUGACGAGGGACGCGUUUGUUAGUAUUUGUUGGCAGUAACUGCGUUUACUCGGGUUUUUUAUUGGAUUGGGUUUCUGUUUUCUUUUCUGGUUGUGCAUGGGCAUUGGGUGGGCGUAUCUGUGCUCUAUUUGGUUUAUUACUUAUUCCCAGGGAUGGUAUCUGGUAGAUGGGGUUCAAUCUCAUGAUUAUUGCAUACGUUGUACGGCUGAAUAUAGUCAAGCUAAGUAAUGACAUUUUAGGCAAUCCAAACCAGGAUGCCAUGCAGGAUAUUAAAUUUGGCACAUAAAUAACCCAGAUAACCCUCGUACGCCAACAAUGGUCCAACCUAAAUAACGGCAACAUAUAUCACAUAAAUGUACACAAAGUACAGGUGCAAAAAAAAAAAA